AUGACGGGCACGCCUGGCGCCGCCGCCUCCAGGGAUGACGAGGCCGCCGAGCGCUCCCCGCCCUGCAGUCCGAGCUACGAUCUCACGGGCAAGGUGAUGCUUCUGGGAGACUCAGGUGUCGGCAAAACCUGUUUCCUGAUCCAAUUCAAAGAUGGGGCCUUCCUGUCCGGGACCUUCAUAGCCACGGUCGGCAUAGACUUCAGGAACAAGGUGGUGACCGUGGAUGGUGUGCGGGUGAAGCUGCAGAUCUGGGACACCGCAGGGCAGGAGCGGUUCCGCAGUGUCACACAUGCUUACUACCGAGAUGCUCAGGCUUUGCUCCUGCUGUAUGACAUCACCAACAAAUCUUCCUUCGACAACAUCAGGGCCUGGCUCACAGAGAUUCAUGAGUAUGCCCAGAGGGAUGUGGUGAUCAUGCUGCUAGGCAACAAGGCGGAUGUGAGCAGUGAAAGAGUGAUACGCUCGGAGGACGGAGAGACACUGGCCAGGGAGUACGGAGUUCCCUUCUUGGAGACCAGCGCCAAGACAGGCAUGAACGUGGAGUUAGCCUUUCUGGCCAUUGCCAAGGAGCUGAAGUACCGAGCUGGGCAGCAGGCUGAUGGGCCCAGCUUCCAGAUCCGAGACUACGUGGAGUCCCAGAAGAAGCGUUCCAGCUGCUGCUCCUUUGUGUGAAUCCCACAAGCURAGACGAGGCCCCAGAAGACCUUGGAGCUGCAGCCAUCUCCCCUUGACUGGUGUAUUCUGGGAGGUUGAGUCAAUGGGGAGGGAGCUGGGGGGCCCAGUGCACUGCCCCUUCCCAUAAGGCCGCAGCACUCCUAUAGCUUCCCUGCAUCCUGGGGGAGGGUAAACCGCUUAUAUUUUAUCUUAAUGAUACAAAAUUUCAUACUAAAAAAGAAAAAAAGAUACCAGGGUUUCCAGAA